AUGGGGCCUGCCAGGGGGUCAACCAAAUAGCUAGGGGCUUGGAGGUGGCAAUACAACAAUGUUUAGUGAUAAUUAAACGGUGUGGUUAUUAAAUAUUUAAUAUUUAAUACAGUUAAUAAGUGUGUGAGUUCGCAAAUUAUAAAUAAACUUCUGUAGUUCGUUGAUCAGAUUGUCAAGACGAUAUAAUUCUUGACGAAUUAUCCCUCGUAUGGAUUACAUGUUACGUCUCAUAUUAGAAAUCAAAACGAAAUGCAUUGUCGGGAUAAGGUUAAGCCUUAAAUAGAAACGUACCAUGAAUAGAAAGAGAUAUUCGUGUUGUUUUAUUGUUUAAACGUUUCAACUACCUAACAUUUAUUUGCGCAGAGUGCUUAUUCCUUGUUGCAACAUGAGUUUAUCCGCAUUAGGAGUCGCAGAACCACACGCGAUUGUGAUUCCAUAGCUUAUUGCACUAUUUUUAUAGUCUGUGCUCCUUUCACACCCAACUUGAGUGCGUGUGCACUUAAACAUGUGCAUAUAUUGUCCAGUUAUGUGGCUGAAAAUUACCGAGGUUGUAAUCAGCCAGGACAAUAAUGACAACAACGGAAUCCAAGGAUCCUGUUGAAGGAUCAUUUACAUACAAAGCAAAAAUCAUGUCGAAUCCAUCGAAUCAUUCCUAUAACUCAACGGACCUUACGUCCGAAGGAGUUGUUGGAAGACUCCGACGAUUGGAGAAUCUUUUUACAGCUGGUCCAGUGCAAGGAAGCAAAACAGGAGGCCAUAUCUUUUCUAUUGAAACUCUUGUCGAUAUUCUAUUAAUUCUUUAUGAUGAAUGCUGUAAUUCGUCACUACGUCGAGAGAAAACUGUUUCAGAUUUUAUCGAAUUCGUAAAACCUGUAGCUACAUGUAUCAAGAGUUUGCAAUUAAGUCGAGAAGACUUUGAAAUUGUUAAAGUAAUAGGACGGGGAGCUUUUGGGGAAGUAUGUGUAGUGAAAAUGAAAGGAUCAGAUAAAGUAUUCGCCAUGAAAAUAUUAAAUAAAUGGGAGAUGCUGAAGAGAGCAGAAACAGCAUACUUCAGAGAAGAGCGUGAUGUGUUGGUAUAUGGUGAUAGAAGAUGGAUUACCAAUCUCCAUUAUGCUUUUCAGGAUGAUAAUAAUCUGUACUUGGUGAUGGAUUAUUAUUGUGGUGGAGAUUUGCUCACUUUACUAAGCAAGUUUGAAGACAGGUUACCUGAGGACAUGGCCCGCUUUUACAUAGCAGAAAUGGUGCUCGCCAUUGGAUCAAUACACGAUUUACGUUAUGUGCAUCGUGACAUAAAACCUGAUAAUGUUCUCUUAGAUGCCAAUGGCCACAUUCGUCUGGCUGAUUUUGGUUCGUGCCUUCGACUCUUUGAGGAUGGCACAGUACAGAGUAAUGUUGCCGUUGGAACCCCAGAUUAUAUAUCGCCAGAAAUACUUCGGGCAAUGGAAGAUGGACAAGGUAGAUAUGGACCUGAAUGUGAUUGGUGGUCUUUGGGAGUGUGUAUGUACGAAAUGUUGUUCGGUGAAACGCCGUUUUAUGCGGAAUCUCUAGUCGAAACUUAUGGAAGAAUAAUGAACCACAAAAACUGUUUUGAUUUUCCGGUGGAUGAUGCUUACGAAGUAUCAGAAGAAGCGAAGGAUCUCAUAAGAAAAUUAAUAUGUAGUUCAGAAUUCAGAUUAGGCCAGAAUGGAAUUGAAGAUUUCAAAAAACAUCCGUGGUUUGAAGGAGUUAAUUGGGACACUUUGAGGGACAGUACAGCGCCCUACAUUCCUGAAGUUUCAUCACCUACAGAUACAUCGAAUUUCGAUGUUGAUGAUACCGAUAUUCGAAGUUCAGAUGCGGUUCCACCAUCAGCAAACUCAGCGUUUUCAGCUCUACAUUUACCCUUUGUUGGGUUCAGUUUUACCCAAGGCAGUCGAAUAUCAGAUUUAGGUUCAUUACCUGUUAUUUCAGAACGAGAUAAGAGUGUUCAGAUACUUGAGGAAGAGAAUGCACGGUUAUUACAAACAAUUGCGGAUCUGAAGCGUCAAUUAGGAGCUGCAACUUCGCCAAAUGCAUCUCCAGACUCUAGUAUUGCAACAAGAAAACUUCAAGAUGAAAUUAAUACUCUUACAAAACGUAAUUGUGAACUGGAAAUACAAUUAAAGUCAAUAGAAGCACCUCGAGAAAUACGAAAUAUUGAUAAUGGUGAUUUAACAAAAAUACAAGAGCUUGAAAAACUAGUUCGUCUACUUCGUUCUGAAAAAGAGGAGGCUAUGAAGGAAAAGUUAGAUGUCCAAGAGAAACUAAAACUACAAGAUAAAGAGUUGAAAGACGCAUUGACACAACGUAAACUUGCUAUGGCAGAGUACACAGAGGUGACAGAUAAAUUAUCAGAAUUGAGACAACAAAAGCAAAAAUUAUCACGGCAAGUUCGUGAUAAAGAGGAAGAGCUUGAAGGCGUUAUGCAGAAAGUCGACACUCUGCGACAUGAUAUCAGAAAAGCAGAAAAGUUACGUCGGGAGUUAGAAAAUCGCGUGGAGGAAGCUAUGGCAGAGACGAGUAAGGAAAGAAAACUAAGAGAGAGAAGUGAGGAAUAUUGUAAACAGAUGCAAGAAGAGACUGAAAAAAUACGACAACGAUCGAUCGGAAGUGAUGUAAGUGCAAACCAUGCUUUAGCAACGCAAGAAAUUAAUCGACUGAAAGCAGAAGUUGAGCAGCUCGAAGUUCAGUAUAAUGAAAAUUUGAAUCAACAACAAAGCCGUUUUAAUUCUGAAAUACGAAGCUUACAAGAACAGCUUCAUGAGGCAGAAAGUAGGCGAGAUAUAUUAGAACGAGAAGUCCAAUUAACAAAAGAGAAAUUGGAUGCUGCUAGAUUGGAAAAUAUUACAGAUAGUGAAGAGACAAUAAAUGAAUUAAAUAGACGUCAUGAACGAGAGAAGAUAAUGCUAGCUGAAGAAAAUAAAAAAUUAUUAUUGGAACUCAGUUCAGUAACUGACAGCAUGAACAGGAUUCAAGGGGAACGGCGGACACUCGAGGAUGAAUAUGAAGAGCUGAGAAAUAAAAAAGAAGCAAUUGCACAGUGGGAAGCUCAAAUUACGGAAAUUAUUCAAUGGGUAUCGGAUGAAAAAGAUGCAAGAGGUUAUCUACAAGCAUUAGCAACGAAAAUGACAGAAGAAUUGGAAUUCUUGAAACAUUCAGGAGGUGUUGGUGGUGUUGGAAGUACCUCAACGAUGUCAGACAAAAAUUGGAGAAAUCGUAGAUCUCAAAAGCUUGAUAAGAUGGAAUUGUUGAAUCUUCAAAGUUCAUUACAAAGUGAAAUCCAAGCGAAACAAGCUAUUUCUGAAGAGCUCACCAAGACUCGAUCUGAUCUUAUUGCUGCACAAAAAGAACUACGAGACUUUAGACAACGUUUGGACUCAAUGUCGCACGAAAUGAAGAGGAAAGAAAUGCAGAUCAAGGAGUUGCAAUCCCGAAUAGACUCAAGCGAUGGUUCUGUUCUACCUACCGUAUCGUCUUCAAGCAAAACGUCUUCAAACAUCAUUACAACCAAACCCCAACGUAUCAUCGUGCACCAGCCGUCAUCACCCUUACCAGUAAUGCGUUCUCCCCGCAUCACAACAUGUCGCUUAUUAACUAGAUUUGCUACGGUCAACUCGAUCAUCAAUCGCAAUGCUGUUGCCAUCGUAUCGUCGCCUGUCUUGGAACGUCCGACUUCCCAAAUGUCUUACUUGGAACACUUUCUCAAGGAAACAGCUGGCAGUGCACGUCAUGGAAGUGUGGAUAGUGUGGAGGGUGAUAUUGAAGACAACCGGGCUCCAAGUCUUACAAGUAGCAAAAGCAAUCUCUCAGAACUUAGUAUUGAUCCAACAUCGCCAUUAUCACAUGAUUUAUUGAACAAAUCAUCAGCGUCUCAUAAUCAAGCGGCUUUGCAACCCAAACCGAAAUCCCAUCAAUUUUUAGUUCGAACAUUUUCUGCACCAACUAAAUGUAAUCACUGUACAUCGUUAAUGGUGGGUUUAACGAGACAAGGAGUUGUUUGUGAAGUUUGUGGCUUUGCUUGUCACAUGCCUUGCUGUGACAAAGUACCACCAAUGUGUCCAGUACCACAUGACAAAAGCUUUACAGCUAAAAGACCUCUUGGAAUCGAUCCUACACGAGGUAUUGGAACAGCUUAUGAAGGCUAUGUAAAGGUUCCAAAAAUGGGUGGUGUUAAAAAAGGAUGGGUCCGUCAAUUUGUCGUUGUGUGUGAUUUUAAAUUGUUUCUAUACGAUAUUUCUCCGGAUCGGAAUGCACUGCCUUCUGUUUAUGUCUCUCAAGUGUUAGAUAUGCGAGACGAAGAAUUUGGCGUGAGCUCAGUUCGUGAGUCUGAUGUCAUUCACGCGACAAAAAAAGACAUUCCAUGCAUAUUUAGGAUUACAACGUCUUUAUUAGAACCACCGGGCUUACGAAAUCAUACGUUGAUGCUUGCUGAUACUGAAAGUGAAAAGACAAAAUGGGUCGUUGCUUUAGGAGAACUUCAUCGAAUUUUAAAGAAAAAUAAUCUUCCAAAUACAACGGUCUUCCGUGCAAAAGAAUUGCUGGAUAACACAUUGGCAAUAAUUAAAAACGUGAUGUCAGGAGCUGUUAUUGAUCCUGAUCGUCUAGUCAUUGGUACCGAGGAGGGUCUCUUUUGUUUAGACUUAGAUCGUAGUGAAGUCGCAAAAGUUGGUGAAGGAAAAAAAAUAUAUUUACUGGAGUAUAUAACGGAAGAGCAAUUAAUUGUGGUGCUUAGUGGUAAACAACGUCAUGUUCGAUUAGUUCCUGUGCGUGCACUGGAUGGAGAUGAAGUAGAAUGGAUUAAAGUUGCUGAGACCAAGGGUUGCAUUACAUUAACAACAGGUGUGGCACGACGAAAUCCACUCACGUAUUGUUUGUGUGUAGCUAUUAAAAAACAGAACGCGUCACAUGUCAUGAUUUAUGAAGUAACGCGUACAAAGACACGACACAAACGUUUACAGGAGUUAAUGUUGCCUUGUCAAGCACAAACUCUUCAAGUUCUCUCUGAAGGUCGUUUAUGCGUUGGAUAUCCUUCAGGCUUUUCUAUUUACAGUAUUAUUGGUGAUCAUCAGCCUAUUUCUUUGGUCCAUCCAGAAAACUCUUUAUUAGGUUUUCUCACUUACAGUGCAGUUGAUGCGCUGCGCUGUGUAGAAUUACCAAGAGGAGAGUUUUUACUAGUUUUCCAAACUUUGGCUGUUUAUGUUGACAGUCAAGGAAGGAAAAGCAGAGACCGUGAGAUCAUGUAUCCUGGUGUUCCAACCGCAGUCAGUUAUUGCGAUGGAUAUCUUUUGGUAUAUAGUGAAACUCAUAUUGAUGUAUUUGAUUGCUCCACUGGCGAUUGGUUGCAAACACUUAACGUUAAACGAGCUCGACCGCUCAAUUAUUCUGGUUCUCUUACUACUUGUAUAAUUAAUGAUAUGCCCUAUGUCAUUUACCUAAGUAAUUUACACCAAAGAGAAUUACUCAACUUAACACCAUUAGACGCAAGUGGUAGGCAGAUAACAAGGCCCAGAAGACGGUUUUCAUUACGAGAAGGGAAUAGGGGAACUCGACCAACAGAUAGACGGUCCAAGAUGAUAUCAGCUCCGACCAAUUUCAAUCAUAUCAGUCACAUGGGUCCCGGAAAUGGCAUUCAAAUUCAACGUUUACUGGAUUUACCGACAACGUUAGAAACAGCUGAUCAACAGCAAUACUCCAAUCAUCCUGGUACUACUCAUCUACAUCAAAAUCCACCACAACGAUUUUAUAGUCCUCCUGUUCAAGCUCCUAGUAAACCUGCGCCAUUACCACCUAGACAUCCUCCGUCUGACACUCGACGUCUUAGUUCUCACAUGUCAAGAAACUCGGGAUAUUCUCCACUUAAUGGAUCAACAUCAUCUCGAAGAGGACCAGCUCCACCAAGACCAACUGCCACUCCACCAUCGUUACCACGUACGCCUGUGGACCAAGCUGAAUCGGAAUCUUUACAUAUCCGAUCACAUACACCACUUUCUCUUGGAAGUAUAGCAUCUUUACAAGAGAAGGAACACGCCACUGGAGGAAGUCCUCGUCAUUCAAUUGCAUCAAAUAAUAGUUCAAACCCAUCAACGCCGCCUAGUCCUGCUCACGAUCACGGAUCAUCAUCAUAUGAUUCAUAAAAAUAUUAACGAACAAAAAGUUAAAUUACAAAUCGGCCGGCUACUUACGACGUUCCUUGCUUCGAAGUCUGGGCAGCUUAAUGGAGUUAUGACCAGAUGUUUUAAGAUGUAAGGGUGCAAAUUUACUUAAAUAUUAAUUAAGUUUAUUUAAAGACAACUUUGUAAACAGUCAAUUAAUGAAUAGUUACAUUAUUUUUACUGUCGACAAGUUGUCAUAGUAUUACUGAAGAUUUAUAUAUACAUAAUAUACAUAAUAUAUAUAAAAUAAUAUUUGAAGAAAGAAACAAUUAAUUGCCAAAUAACAUAUGCUAUAAUCUUAUUAAGAAUAUCAGAUUAUAAUUAACGAUUAAUAAUGGAGUAACGAAUUUUAUUAAAAUUAAGUAUUGUCUUUCUAUGCAAUUAGCUGUUUCUCAGUUAGUCAACGGCCUUAUUUAUUAUUUUGCAUAAUUGGGUAUAACCAAGAGAACCAAAAUAAUUCAUCAUAAUAAUAGAGCAUUUUAUUUUUGGGAAAUAUCUUAUAAUCAGGUUCUCAAAAUAACUUUUUUAUACGAACAAAAAUUAUAGUAACAUUUUUAGCGCUUGUUAUCGGGCGCACAUGAUCAAUUAAUUCAAUUAUGAUAAUUGUAAAUAGUUAAAGUGUUUAAUGCUCGGCUAAAAUCGGCUUUUUAACAACGUAUGUCUGGUUUUAUUAACAAAUAAUGGAUUUAUAAAUAAUCAUUGUGUGUUACGUCCUAUUAUAAACAUAAAAUAAAUUUUAAUUGGAUUUUUCUGAUAUUAAAUUUUAUAAGAUCUUAAUUCAGACGCUCAUAAUUAUGAAAGAAAAACACAGUCGAAUUAUAUAGCAAUAAAUUAUUGCAUCUUUGUUCAAUGAUUAUUAUCUAUAGGUUUUUAGGUAUACACAAAUAAGUUCAAAAAAUCUUUUAAAUAAACAAUUACACAGUUAAAAAAUUUUCAAGUCUAUUUUUAAAAACGCUCAGUUAUAAAGUAAUUGUGGUAAAUUUUUAUCACGUUAAUCAAUUUAUUGGAUUAUUUUUUAUAUAAAAAAAAAAACCAGCUGAUCUAGCUUAUCAAAUUUUGUGCUAACAUAUUGUUAUCAAUUCAUUUUAUGACAGAAAUUUAGCACAAUUUUUUUAUAUGCCGUUUUUAAAUUCAAGUAUACUCAGACAUUUUUUACUGUGUAUUACCAAUUACAAAUGAUUAUUAUCCAAAAUAAUUGUUAGAAAUGAUGGUAUUAAAUUGAACAAAUAUAAAUUUAUUAAAUGCCUUAUUAUUAAAAAAAACAAAUUUUAUAAUUAUGUCGUAAAAACAAUACAUGCGCCACAGUGUGAAUAUUAGAACUUAAGCAUAAUAAUUUGUUGCAAUUUUUUCUGAUGAAAAAAAAUAAUUAACGAAUAAUCAUGAACGACGUUCAAGGGAAGUGACUUGAUGCGAUGGAAUGCAAUGUCAAUAUUAUUAGUUAUAAUGACAUAAAUAUCUCAAUACAUAAAAUAUAUGAAUAUUAAAGUAUAUUAUACUUACGUUAAAAGAAUGAUCCCAUCGAAUGUAUUAAUUUUAAUCAGUCAUUUGACGUAAAUAUUAUCUUGGCAGUUAUACACACAGAGUUAAUGCUAGUUUUAUUUUUUAACCAUUUGAAAAAAAAGAAAUCAACUUGUUCGUGAAUCAAGAUUUAUGUACAAAAAUAUAUGUAUAAACUAGCAAAAGCCUUUGUAUAACGCCAUAUUUUAUUAGAAAUUUUUAUCAUUUUUUUUUUUACUAACCACGUUUUUAUUAUAAUAAUCGAUAUUAUUCUUUGCUAUGAUUUUGUAUGGAUUUUUUUUAUAUUGUGAUCUUCGUGAAAUUCCACAAUGAUUUUUUAUCGUACGUCACCCGAAUAAUGAAAUAAUUAUUGUUAAAUUAGGGAUUACAAUUAUAAUAAUUAUAAAUAUGAUAUAAAAAAAGUAUGAUGUCAAUUGAUUGAUGUGCGAUUUUUUAUGUUUUUUAUACUUGUAGCUACACUUUGGCUCUAUCAACGUAGAACAAAAUACAUGAUCUAUUAAUUUAUAAUAUCUAUUAUCGAACAAUUAUGAAAUAAAUAUAAUUAAACAAAAAUGGAAGGUUUGAAAACGUACGAAUAUGUUUAUAAAUUGAGGCUUCCAUGGAAAUUAAUAUAUUUCUAUCAAUCAUUUAUCAUAAUAUCAUUUUAAUGUUCAAUGUUAAAUUUACAUCUAAAAUAAAAAAAAAUGUAAGUUCAAUUUAAAUGAGACUCAUUGAUAAUAAUUGUUUUUUAUAAAUUAAGAAUAUUAUCAAAUUAAUAAAAAUAAUAUCCAUAAAAAAAUAAUAUCAGACUGAAUGAGGACAAAUGUCCCAGACCAUAUGAUAAAAUAGAUUUAUGAAAGAAAUAGGCUGAUAAAAAUAAUGAAAAAUCAAUUUGUCAUGUUGAAAAAAAAAAAAAAAGUUUCUCUUGCAUUGAACAUUUAUCAUAAAAAACCAAACUUUGUUUAUAAUUUUGUAAAUAACAUAACACUUUCUGAUAAUAUCUACAAAGUCUUCACUUACAAUUUUAAAGGUUUUUAAUUUUAAUUUUAAGUCCGAAUAUCAGUAAAAUGUAUGAUUUCUUCGUUGUAAUUCACUGUAAAAAAAAACGAUAACAAUAAUUUAAAUGCAUAAUAAUUAUACUUAUGACAACAAAGAAGUAAUGAUAAAUUAUAAAGCGUGUUGUAGUGUAAUUACGAAUGUAGAAGUAAGUGAUUGGGAAUUUCCAAAAAAUGAAAAAAAAAAAAAUUAAUAAUAAAGACGUUCAUAAUAAAUUAUAACGAUUAA